GCUGCCCGCGCGCCGGGCGGCAUCUCCCGGCCAUGCCCGCGCCCCCCCCCGCGCGCCGGGCCCGCAGCCGCGCCGGGCCCUGAGCCCCGAGCCGCAGCGCACGGGCACCGAGGGGCGGCCCCGCCGAGCAUGGGGAUCCUCUUCAGCAGGAUAUGGAGGCUCUUCAGCCACCAGGAGCACAAAGUAAUCAUUGUCGGUUUGGAUAAUGCAGGGAAAACGACCAUUCUCUAUCAAUUCUCCAUGAACGAAGUGGUGCACACCUCGCCCACCAUAGGGAGCAACGUGGAAGAGAUCGUGGUUAACAAUACGCGCUUUCUGAUGUGGGAUAUCGGAGGGCAGGAGUCUCUCCGCUCUUCAUGGAACACCUACUAUACAAACACUGAGUUUGUGAUAGUUGUUGUGGACAGCACGGACAGAGAGAGAAUUUCCGUGACUAAAGAAGAACUGUACAAAAUGUUAGCGCAUGAGGACUUAAAAAAAGCGGGUUUGCUGAUCUUCGCUAACAAGCAAGAUGUUAAAGAGUGCAUGACGGUAGCAGAAAUAUCUCAGUUCCUGAAGCUGACUUCAAUUAAGGAUCACCAGUGGCACAUUCAGGCGUGCUGUGCGCUAACUGGAGAGGGACUGUGCCAAGGACUGGAAUGGAUGAUGUCAAGACUUAAGAUCAGAUGAUUUUUAAUGACCUCUUUGCACAGACAUUGUUUAAAGAGAGCUGUACCCGUGGUUACCUUCACAGCGGCAGAAUUACUGGGUUAGAUGUAUUUAUACUGAACCGAUUUCAACUUUAUUUUCUACAUAGAUGCACACACAUGUAUGUGUACAUAAAUUAAGACCAUUCAGCGAAAAGAAAGAUGCAGCUGAGGCUCUGCUUUGAUUUCCUGCUUGUUUUCCUCUGAGGAUGCGUUUCAAAGCUGUGAUCAACCUUCUUCCCACGAUACAGCCACUCAGAACAGUCCGGUGUCCGUUGUGGUGAAGAAGCGAGAGGAAGAAGCUUUUCGUUUUGCGUUUUACUAUUCCGUUGUGGUCCUCUCUGGCUGAAGACAUUGGCUUCAUUACUGCAGUGAAUUAGCAAACAAAUCACCGACGUAGAGAUCAACUUUGCAGUAUUUUUAAGGUUACUGAUGUAACAAAUGCAAACAUAUUUUCCUGUAUGCGUACUUGUACAUAGUUGUGUAUAUUUAUACCUCAAUUUUAGGUUGAUUGCAGUCUGUUCAGAACAGUGUAUAAAGCGGAAUCAGCAUUAAUAUUUGA